CGCAAAAAUGUGAAAAAAUGGCGGUAAUGCAGUGGCGAAAUGAUUUGUAAAAUAUACAGUUGAGCAUUGUUUCGUAUCCUGUAAUCAUUUAUACUUCAAAGAAGGCUUGAGCGGACAGUACCAUGGAUUCUGUAGCCGAGGACGAUAUAACUCUUCCUCUAGAUUUUGAUCGGAGCACUAACCUCGCAAGGUUCAGGGAGGCUGUUGUGGCGGGCACGGGAGGUGACAUGUUGGAUUCCUCCGCUGAAUUUUCCGAGGGGUUAACAGUACGACCUACAACAACAGGUGCAGCUAAUCAAGACAGUGGUGGGUCUCCUCAAACAAAAACAAUGAAAGACUAUGAAUAUCAAAUAUCAGAGCUAAAGAAAGAAAAUUUUGGUUUGAAGCUGAGAAUUUAUUUCUUGGAAGAACGUGUUAACCAGAGUGGUGAUGUUCCAGAGGACAUUUUCAAGGCUAACAUUGAGCUUAAAGUGACAGUGGAAAAGCUGAAGAAAGAAUUGGUUGAAAGACAGGAAUUGCUGGUUAAAGCCUCGAAUGCAGUGGAAACCUUUGCUCAAAAUAAUGACACACAGAUUAAACAGCUUACAGAAGAACACAAUGAAGAACUGAGAGAGAUCAGGGAAGGAUAUGAAACAAAACUUAAAGAAAUGGAACAGGUUGCCAUGAAGGCCACUUUAGAUGAGAAAGACAGGAUGAUAGAUGAUUUGAGAGGGUCUCUUGCUUCUGUACAGGCAGAGAACAGGGAUUUGAAAGAAAAUUUGGACAACCUGAAGGAUAUUCAAAGCCAGCUGGAGCAAAACAUCCCCCAUAGUUUAGAAAUGAAUGAGAAACAGAUCCUAGAGUGCCAGAGGAGAAUCAAACAGCUGACAGAGGAACUAGAAAACAAAAACCAUAAAUUAGAGGAACUGAAGGAGAAAGCCAAGAAAACAGAGAGGACCAACAGGGAGUUGAGAAAUCAGCUUCAUGAUAAGGAAAGGGAACAGCAUCUUAAUUCAAGGAACUCCACCGAUAAUUCACUAUCUCUGAGUCAGAGGGAUGGCCCCAGGGACAGCGAGCUUCAGCAGUUGCAGACCAAAGUUCAAGACUUAAAUCAGAGUUUGACAGCAACACGAGAGGCAGCACAUACAGCCAAGAGAAAGUGGUAUCAGGCUUUUGAGGAACAUUCUGAAAUUCUUAAGGCAAGAGACGCCAUGAUAGCUGCUUUACAAAGCUCUUUGAGUGCAAAAGAUUUGGAAUUAGAGAAACUUAUUCAGUCCUUGUCUUCCAAAGAAGUUGAACUGCAGAGAUUGAACAAUGGGAAGCUCCUCCUUGAACAACGCCUAGAUGAAGUGUUAAAACAAAAAGAACGUGAGCAAGCUGAACUGAUGGAAAAACAUAAAGCGCUCUCUCAAGAACACUAUUCCAAGAUGGACGCUCUCGAAGAAGCUUAUCAGCACGUGACUGCUGGAGCUCAAGAACAACUCGAGGCAAAGGACCGACUUAUUCAGAAGCUGGCAGCUAACAACAAGGAGAAAGACAAUUUAAUAGCGGACUUCGUAGAGGCUUUGAAGGGAAGUGGUAUGGAUGAUUCAGUGGUCAAGGGCUCAACUGAUGAUCAGGAGAAUCUUUUGAAGAAACUGACCAACUACACCAAAGAGAAGGAUCGUGCUCUCCAGGUUGCAGCUGAAGAAAAAGUGCGCGCUUUGCAAGGAAAGGAAGGCGAGCUACAGCAGUUAAGACAGGCCCUGAGAGAGAGAGACAGGCUGAUUGAAAAAAUCAACACCGCUGUCCUUGAAUCCCAAGAAAAGAAUAAACUAUUAGAACGGACAAGCAAAGAAAGAAAUGAAGCUUUACAAAAAAAGUUGUCGUCCUUCGAGGAUCAGCUUAAAGGAAAAAAGGGAGAUCUAGAAACAAAAGAAGCCAGUUUGCAAGAGAAAGAACUUGUUAUUCAGAAACUAAAGCACAGUCUGAACCACAGGGAAGAGGAAUUGAAGGAAUUGAAGGACUUUGUAAAGAACGCUUUGAGCAGUCCAGACGAGGAUGAAAGUUUAAGUGAUGAGGCAAAGAAGGCCCAGGAAAUAUCGGAAUUGUUGAAAGAAAAGGAAAAACUUUUGGAGGAAAUGUUCCAUGAGCGUGCUAGGUUAUCAUCUACUAAUGAAGCCAACACUCAAAGACUCAUGGCAGCUCUUAAAGACAAGGAGACUGCACUUAAGGAGGCUGCUGCUGACUUAACACGUGUACAAACUGAAAAGAACUCCACCAUCCAGACACUACAGCAAUUACUUAGCAACAAAGAACACGAAGUACAGGCCUUAGAAAACAGCAAAGCCUGGGCGUCCCAGGAAAAUGAUAAGUUAAUUAACAAAUUAAGGCUGACCAUACAAGACAAAGACAAGACUAUCGCAGGUCUUGUGGAAAGUGGACGAGAGAAAGAUAAGAUGUUGAAAGUGUUACAGGAGUCCAGUAAAAGCACACCAAAGGCCCCCAGCCCUGCCGAAGUGGCGGAACUAAGGCGAAAUAUUGGUCUAUUACAGGCUGAAGUGCAAAAGAAAGAUGAAUCUCUGAGGAAGCUUGAGUCGGAUUACAGAAACAACUUGCGGAAACUUCAAGGCGAUGAUCAAGAGAACAAGUUGAAGUUUGAGAAUCUCCAGCAUGAAAUACAGACAAGAGAUGCACUCUUAAAACAAGCAAAGGGUACAAUCGAUAAUCUUCGUUCCAGACUACAGAGCAUCCCUAAUUUAGAGGAUCUAAAGCAAAAGUUUGUAGAGCAGUCGCAGGCCUUGGCUGAGGCUCAAAAAGGGAAAGAGCAAGCACUCGUUGAUUCAGCCGCACUCAAGAAAUCUAACUUGGAACUAGAAGCGGAACUGAAAGUUAAACUGAACAACAUUGAAAUGCUUAAUGAGGCUGCGCAGAUGAAGGACCGAAUUAUUAAGGAGAUGCAAGAAGAUCAACAGAAGCAAUUAAAAGACAUGAAAGAGAAUAUUGGAUAUUAUCAUAAGAAAGCUCAAGAACUUGAGGCCUCAAAUAAUUCGCUACGGCAUCAGCUUAUGGAGACAGAGGACCUGAAGAAUUCGCUCGAGCAGCAACUCCAAAGCUACAAGCAAAGGUUAAAUAAUCAGGCUUCUUACGAGGAGGAAGAAGUAAACCUUUUACGUCAAGAGGUCAGCAACCUUAAGGCCAGGCUACAAAGGACUGGUACGCCACACAGGGAAAGUCCUGGAGUGGGAGCGGGGGCCGAUGAACAGCAACUUGCCUCCAGCAAAACUUCAAGCCCCCAUCCGGCAUCUCCGUAUGACGCCGCUUAUCAGAGAGAGAUACAAGAACUCAAAUCGAGGCUUGAAGAUAGUGAACGGUGGAAUGCUUCAUUGCAGGCUCGGUUGAAUGAAUUACAGCCGCGGGUCAGUGGUUUUGGGGGCUCAAGUGGAGACAGUUUACCCUCAAAGGUUCAACGAUUAGAGCAGCAAGUGGAAAAAUUGAAGGAACAACUCAAACAGAGCGGCCAGCUGAAUGUUGGGCUCAAGAAUCAACUGGAUGAUAGUAAUUCGUUACACAUGCAGACUUUGGCUAAAAAAGACGAUCAGAUAACAGAUUUGACUCGACAGAUUGAUAGUCUUCAAACGCAGUUAGACAACACGAGACAAACGUUCAGCGAGUUGGAGAGAAGAUUACAAGAUGCAAACAGCAGACUAGAAUAUUAUGCUACCAGUUUGAACGGUAGCCAUGACGAUACCCUGCUUGAGCGGGAACAAGAAUUGGAAAUUUUAAAACACGAGUUAGACGAGUUGCGUCGGAUUCAAGCUCGUAACGAUCGGAACGGUUCGGAUAUGGCCGCGCAGACGUCGCCUUUAAAGGACUGGACUCAAGGGUCAAGUGAUAAGUUGAGGGACCUGGAACGCAGAUUAGAAGAGAGUGCGCAAACGAACGUGCAGUACAAGAAUAUUUUGGAAGAGAAGGAAUUGGAAUUGCAACAGCUUAAAGCGAUGGAGGCAUCAAGAGAUAAAGAAAAGUCUAAAGCGAAUGAUCGAGAGAUGGCUGAAAUCGAAAGACUCCGCGAGGAAUAUGUAACAGGUAUCAAAACAAACGAAGAACUUAAAAAGGCUCUUGAAAGUGAACGGGGAAAGAACCGUGACAGAUCAAGGGCUUCGGAUGGAGUCCUGGAACUUCGGCUACAGCUUGACGAAUCCUUACAGAAGAACGAAGACCUUCAGCGACAGCUUCACGAGAGCGCCCGAUCCGAGGACGAAGUUAACCGACUGAGGCACGAUCUACAAAAUGCUACCCAAAUGAAUGAAUCGUUAGGAUCGCAGAUACGGGAAUUCAACGAAUCUUUUUCCAAAAUAAAAGGGGUUAGGGCAGAUGCAGUAAAAAUGCAGAAAGAACUGAAAGAUGCUCAACGUUUGAAUAGAACACUCACAGAUCAGCUCAAAGAGACGAGGAAAUCUGCGGAGGAAGUUGGAAGAGUACAGCGUGAGCUUAGGGAGGCUAAAAUGAUGAAUGAUCAGCUUGGGAAACAGCUGUCUGAGCUCCUGAAUCACUCGGCGAAGAUGAAAACCCAAAUUGAAAAAUUGCAGCACGAAUUGCAAGAGAAAGACAAGGUUAUUGAGACAUUACAGCUGAGACUUCAGUCCAAAGCUGACAUGCAGUCCAUAGCGCUGUCUCCAUUUUCGUCGCCGUCCAGACGUUUUGUAGAAACGCAAACCAGUCCGGCGGCUUCACCUCAGGGGAUGUGGGAGAGUUCAUCGCAAUCAAAUUCCUCGACUGAGGCCAUUGAGAAGCUUCAGCAGAUGAACAGAGUGCUGCUGGGAGAAAAUCAUCUGCUGAAGAGCAAACUGAAAGACUGUGAAAAGUUAAAUGAAACACUGAAGAACGAGAACGACUUGUUCUCCAGAUUACACAAUCAGUCCAACGAAACGCAAUCCAACAGCCAAAAACGAUCUAACAUGGACGACCUUUUGGCCGGAUUCAUGGCUGAAAUGCGCGAACUGCGCUUGCGCUUAGAGGAUAGUAUUCGCACUAACGAUGCGCUGCGAGCGCAGUUGGAGAUGCGAUUGUCCGAGGGGGCAGGUGACGGUAGUGCAUCGAGCGCCCCUGAUCAAAUUAUUUUGAUUCGCGAGAAUGACUCGCUGCGGACUGAGUUACUGAAAAAAGAUCAAUCUAAUGAGAAAUUGAAGAAAACCAUCGAUGGAUUAACGCGAGAGCAAACGAGGGACAAAGAGCAACUCAAUCUUCUCCGCCAACAGAUGUUGGAGAGCACUAAAGUUGCUGAAAACCUCAGAAAAGAAUUGAGUGUUUACGAGAAGCUCUACAAACUGUCUUACGAAGGCAGGAACAUCGAAUUACAGACUGAUGGGCAAAGUUAUGGCAGUGAGGGACCUCGAAGUCCUAACAGCGAGUCACAGCAAGACGCCCUGUCGAUGUUACUGGCUGAAAUCCGAAGCCUACGAAUCCAGCUGGAGAAAAGUAUUGAAACCAACAAUGCAUUGCGACUUAGACUUGAAGAACAACUUAGUCGGCCUGCCAGUUCACCAUCCCAGUCUCCCAGCAGAUCUCAAGGCACGUUUACUCGAUGGCUGAACUUCUCGGAGAGGAAGGGAGGGGAAGAUAUUGGUACUGUCGAGUCUGUCACAGACUUACAAAAUGGUGGAAUUUCUACCGAGGAGCAACAAGUUAUGAGUCAGCUUGAAGAGAAGUUAGACUCUCUAAACAAGUUUGCAACUGAGGCGUACAAUAGCGUUAUAUCAAGCUCGCAGACCGAUAGUCUGCCUUAUAUUGAAAAUAUUUUGAGAAUUAUUUUACAAUGCAAGGCGCUGUUGAAGGCAUUGCAUGUCGACAUUUCUCGUCAGCGUACACACAGUGAUCCAGAUGAUUCUGACAAAGAGAAUGAAAGUCUCAAGCUCGAAAUUGGAAAAUUAAGACGCCGACUUCUUAUUCAAGAAGAUAUAAUUAAACGAGCGUGUGAAAGACUCGAGACUACAAAUAAAGUCAAGGAGAGCACACGUGAUGAGAUUAUUGAACACUUAUCCGUCUCACAGAAGGUCUUAUCCGGUGCCAGGGGAAAAUUAGAGAAUCGUCUUCGUCCGAGCAAGGCAGCUAAAUAAUAAGGGUGCACAAUUGUAAAAUGAUAGGAUAUAAAGCUGUCCAAAAAGUUAAGUAUAUAAGUUAAAGAAAUUUUUUUUAAAAAAUUUUAUAUUUUCGAUCAAUCGUAAAUCAAUUUUUCUAUCGAGAAAAUUGUUUAUUUUUUCAUAAAACAAUAACAAAGCUAAAAAUAGUGUUACUGAAGGCCAGUAUUUAAAAUUGGUUUUCAAGUAACACCGAGGAGCUUCAGCAGGGCAGGUUCAUUGAUAUUGUACAUUCAUUAUUGAAAGUAUCUCAAAGGAAAUGAAUUUGUCAUCAUGUAAAAUUUUUCACCAAUAGAAAUGGUUUCGUUAAGUUAUUGUUUGUUUGUUUGUUUGGUUUUUUUUUUUGCAUCUCCACAGUAGUUUAGGGCUUGAACUGUUACUUAGCUAAAUAAUAAUCUUAUCCCUGCAUUGAAAAAGGUUAAUUCCACCAUCAACGGUUUUCAAUUCGACUUGUAAUUCAUAAUUUAAAAAAAAACGCUAACUUCAAACCACCGUCCACGAAUGACGAUCAUUACACUCUUAUCGCGAGUCCAAAGUCCACAGCAUGUACAGCCGUGACGUCACCCAAUACUUGAACAAAGCCUGUAACAACAAAGUAAUAAGGAGUAAUUGAUAGGAAGGAGGUAAUUAUUGUGAAAGUUGAAGUCUUGCCUGAAGACAAAGCAGAAAAAAUACUAUUUUGUGCUGAAAACUUA